GAACCUAGCGGUGGCAAGCUCUAUGAAGCUGCAUGCUCCUUGAAAUCGCUGCUUCAAGAUCGCGCGUAUUUGCUCGUCACCGAGCGCGUCGAUAUUGCUGCUGCCGCUGCCGCUAGUGGGGUUUUGCUCUCUGAUCAAGGUUGUUUUUAACUCUCUACUUAAUCCGGAAAUUAGUGUACAGCGUCUGUUUGGAGGAUCAUCUCCAGUCAGGAUUUGUAUUUAGAAAAAUAGAAAGAAAAAUUGAUAUUAGAUUCUUCACAAGCUGAAUAAAUUAAUUUUUAGAAGAUUUUUACAGCAUCGAUUUAGUUUAGGUUUUAAAGCUGCAGACCCAAUUAUAUAGGCUCGAGUAGUGGAUCUGGGCACAUGGAACACAGUUUGACUCCAACCAUUCAAAUUUGUACCGUUUUAUACUUUUUAUUAUGUUGUGCAAUAUUAUGAUUGUGUAACUGUAUUUCUGAUUUUUUUAAUUAUUCAUUAAUUUUCUUUCAUUUUAUUAUGGUGUCUUGUUUUUUCCUUUUUCUUUCAAUAUUUUCUAUUUUUUCAAUGUAUUUUAUUUUUCACUGAUAGACAAAAUAUCCUGACUUGACCUGCAUAGCUCUGGUAAGUUUGGGCCAAUAUUCCCUAAUCUCCACCCAUGUCGAUGCCUAUCUUACGUUCCACAUGUUACCUGAGUUUUUCAAUUUGCGAAGAAGGAAUGAAUGAAACACGAUAGAUGUCACUAGAAAUUGAUCAGGACCAUGGACUCGUGCUGGUCUUCCCACUGUUGUUGCCAGGAGUACGAUGCUGGAUUCAAAAUCUGAAUUGGUGGUUCUUCCAUUGGUUGCUAGGAUUGUCCACACUGUCGAUGCUGCAAUAAAUGCGUCUAAAUCAGAAGGUGCUGAUUUUCUUAUAUAUGGCGGUGGUGACCUGCAGCUUGUUGGUCGGGAAGUUGGUUCUGUGCGUGAGAGUGUGAAGAUACCUAUUUUUGUCUCAUGUGGAAAAGAUAAUUUGUCUUAUGCUGACAUGUCAAGUCUGCUUGCCCUUGGUGCUAGCGGUUUUGUUAUAAGUUUGGCAAAUUUUGGUCGGUAUGGUGAUGAGUUCCUGCACAAAGUUUUUGGUACUGUGUAUGCAAGUACUGAUGACGGGAAUGUGAGUGAGAUUGAAUUGAAUGAUAAUGGUUUUCAGAGUGGGACAGAGAUUGUGGCUGGGUUUGUUAAGCUGGAGGAUAGGGAGAAACAGUUAAUAGAAACAGAGAGAUUGGUGUUGAAUGAAGCUGUUGAAGUUAUCAAGAAGGCUGCACCUCUGAUGGAGGAGGUUUCACUUCUUAAUGAUGCGGUUUCUCAAAUUGAUGAGCCGUUCUUACUGGUUAUAGUGGGGGAAUUCAACUCUGGUAAAUCCACUGUGAUUAAUGCACUUCUUGGAAAAAGAUAUCUCAAAGAGGGAGUUGUUCCAACAACUAAUGAGAUCACAUUUUUACGAUAUAAUGACUUAGAUAUCGAACAACAAAGGUGUGAAAGACACCCAGAUGGCCAAUAUAUUUGUUACCUUCCUGCUCCAAUUCUUAAAGAAAUGACCAUUGUUGAUACACCUGGAACUAAUGUGAUUCUUCAGAGACAGCAGCGUCUUACUGAGGAAUUUGUACCCCGUGCAGAUUUACUUCUUUUUGUCAUUUCUGCUGAUCGCCCUUUAACUGGAAGUGAGAUUGCUUUUCUUCGAUAUUCUCAGCAGUGGAAGAAGAAAGCAGUCUUUGUCUUGAAUAAAGUUGACAUAUAUCAGAAUAAUCAAGAGCUUGAGGAAGCAAUGUCGUUCAUUAAGGACAACAUACAGAGAUUGCUGAACACUGAAAAUGUCAUAUUGUAUCCUGUAUCUGCUCGGUCAGCUCUUGAAUCAAAACUUAUAGCUACCUCCGAUGUUGGGAAGCUAAAUGAAGAACUGUCAACCUCUGAUUCUCAUUAUGGUGCCAACAGCUUCUUUGAACUUGAAAACUUCCUGUAUAGCUUUCUAGAUGGGUCAACAAUCCCAGGAAUGGACAGAAUGAGGCUCAAACUUGAAACACCUGUUUCAAUUGCUGAUAGACUAAUAUCUGCAUGUGAAACACUUGUGACACAAGACUAUCGAUAUGCCAAGCAGGAUUUGGCUGCAGUGAAAGACAUUGUUAAUAGUGUAAAUGAUUUUGCUUUGAAUAUGGAAAUUGAGAGCCUUUCUUGGAGGAGACAAACUGUGUCUUUGAUUGAAACUACAAAAUCACGCAUCAUUGAGCUUGCUGAAACUAAUCUGCAAUUGGCAAAUUUUGAUAUUAUUGCUUCAUACGCUUUCAAAGGAGAAAAAAAUGCAAUGCCCACUACCUCAAAGAUUCAGAACGACAUUAUUGGCCCUGCUGUCUCAGCUGUCCAGAAAAUACUUCAAGAAUAUGAAGAUUGGUUAUAUUCCAAAUAUACCCUACAAGGGAGACUAUACAAGGAUUCCUUUGAAAAACGGUGGCCCUCGUUGAGGCAUGAAAGUAAUCAGAUGAAUUUUGAGACAAACCAGUUGCAAAAGAAAGUGGAUCAAGCUGGUAGUCGGGUGAUUGCCAAUUUCAGCAGCAGUGCAGUUUCAAAGGCAUUUGAGCAAGAAGUACGGGAAAUGAUCAUAGGGACUCUUGGUCAACUGGGUGUGGCCGGUUUAUCUGCUUCGCUACUGACAUCUGUUUUGCAAACCACCUUGGAAGAUCUUCUUGCUCUUGGUAUUUGUUCAGCUGGCGGGUAUCUAGCUAUAUCAACUUUCCCUGGUCGCAGGCAGAAGGUGAUAGAUAAGGUGAAAAGAAAGGCAGAUAACUUGGCAUAUGAACUCGAAGAAGCCAUGAAAAAGGAUUUAACUGAAACCAUAGAAAGUUUGAAUACCUUUGUGAAAGUCCUUAGCGAACCUUACCGAGAUGAAGCGCAGAAUAGACUUAACAACUUAGUACAGAUUCAAGAAGAAUUAUCAAAUGUUGAGAAAAAACUUAGAACACUACAAAUUGACAUUCAAAAUCUUCAUGUGUCGUGACUUUGAACUCUCUUGUUCAUUUAGCGCCCCUUCUAACAGUUCUACCUUACCAUGGAUCUUAGCCUCCCAAUUUUGGAGUAAUUAUUUUUUUAAAAUUGUCAACUUGGAGGACGCUUCUUCCA